UAGACUAGUGCAUGCCUCCUUUUAAUUUGUUCCUGCGGACAACUCACAUCUGCAGGUUCCUUUGUGUCCAAACCAAGGAAAGGCAGGCUCCUCUCAUCUCCUGCCAUAUCGUCUGCAGGCUCUUCCUUCCCUAGCUUUUCUCUCGGUCCCUCUCUCUUCAAGCUGAGGAAACGCAGGACAGGUUAGCUGGUUGCAUGCUCCAUGAGCGCCAUGGAGCCCAGGAAGUCCAGCUAUCUUGUUGCCGUCGUCUUCGCUUCGCUCUUGCUGUCCUCCAUGGCAGGAGGGCAUAGGAAGCUGGUAAACAAAGAUGACGCAGAAUCCAUGGAGACGUCGGAAUCCAUGCAGCAGCUGCAGGGAGAUGACGAAGCGGCGGCGGUGGUCCACGAGAGAAUUCUCAAGCAGGUGAAGAUGGACGACUACGGGCGCUACGACCCUACCCCGACCAUGUCUAAGCCUCACUUCAAGGACAUACCAAACUAGAGCCACAACCCAUUUGAGAUCAUAUCCUCGAAUACAUGUUGCUUGCUAGUCGCUCCUCCUUAUACAUAUAUAUGUGCCACAUAUAUUUGUCGAAUAAUCUCGUGUAUCAUCAUUACCAUGCAUGUCCAGCUUGAUUAUAUGUGUGUGUACACUAAAUUGUUGAUACAUGUGCAUGUGUAUGUCUGAAACUUAUCAUCACUUAUAUGAGAGCUAGUAGUAUAUUUGUUGUCGUCGUCAGAAUAA